AUGGAAUAUUGUAAAAUGAUAGAGAAUGAAGAAAAGCUUUAAUGUGCAAAUAAGCAUUCUCAAAAUCCGGUCAUUACGAUAUUAUUAGAUACCGAUUUUGUUGGAGCAUAAAGAUUAGCUUGUUAAUAAUGUAUUUAAAAUAAUUUAAGGCCUUUUAAUGGAAUAUCUUUAACUUAAGGAAUAAGUAAAAUACAAUAAAUGAGGAGCAAAAUUUAUAAUGAAAUUUUGAAUCUCUUUCUAUAAAAUUAAAUAAAAAUGUAAUCAUUUAAAAAUAAAAUUUCGUAAUGGAAAGAACAAUUGUUAUUAACUAUAGAUGAAAUUCAAAGUAAUUUAGAAAUUUGGAUGUAAGAAUUGGAAACACUAAAAAAUAGCUAUAAAUAAUAUAGUUUAUUGAAUGAAAUUGAUAAGGUGAUUAUAUAAUUGGAUAAAUUAAUAGAAUAAGAGAAAUAAUAAUUUUAAUAAAGAAUAUAGAAAUUCAAAGAUUAAUAUUAGACUAAGAUAUAUAAGAAAAUCGAUUCUUUAUAAAAUCUCAUUUAAGACUAACUAUAGAAUUUGUACGAAGAUUCAAUUAUCAUUAAAGAAAUUCCUUAAAGUUCAAAAUCUUUUUUCGAAUAAUAGUAAAGAGAAUCAAAUCAAGUAGUUAUUAAUUAGUUAAAUAAAUCAGAUAGAGUAGAAUAUCGAUUGAUUCAUGAAGCAUAUUAAAGAUAAUUCUCUCGUGCUUUAGAUUUUAAUCAUGAUAACUCUCUAAUGGCUGCAUCAAGUGAUCAAAAUAUUAUUAUUUGGAAAUUUUAAGAAGGAAAGUUGAAUAAUAAAGAAACUGUAUUGACUGGUCACAAAAAUGAUGUUUUCUGUAUUGUAUUUAGUAAGAAAAUGAAUUGGAUAGUAUCAGGUGAUAAGAAUAAUCAAAUAAUAAGUUGGAUUGAAAGAGUAAAUAAUUAAGGAAAAUCUUAAUGGGAAAGCUUUGUAUCAGUAAAAUAGCAUAAAUAAUUUAUUUUAUGUUUGUAUUUAAAUAAAAAUGAAGAUGAAUUAAUAUCUAGCAGUGCAGACUCAAAAAUAAAGGUAUGGAAAGUUGAAUGCAAAUCAAAUAAAAUUGAAUAUAAAUAUUCACUGUCAGAACACAAGAGCUUUGUCGAUAAAGUAGAUCUAAAUUCGACAGAAACAUAAAUGGUAUCUUGUGGGCGAGAUAAAAAAAUCAUUUUAUGGGAAAAGGAUGGAAAUAAUAAAUGGAAAUUUAAAUGUAAUGUCGCGUAAUCAACAAAUGAUUAUGGAUUAAGAAUAGGUUUUUUAUAAGAUGAUACAAUUGUUUAAUGUUAAUAUAGUUAACCAUUUUUACAAGUAUUCAAAUUGUAAAAUGGAAAAUUUUCACAAUGCUAAAAUUUGAAAGUGCAAUUAAAAGAAAUUAUCGCCGAAGUCUCAAAAGAUUCAGAAGACCCAAAAAAUGAUAUUACUUUCUUUUAGUUAAAGUAUUUAGAGUAAUAAAAAGUCUUAGUAUUCAAGUCAAACAGAUAUAUAUAUUUUAUGAAAUAAAGUUCAAAUUCAAAUUUAAUAUAUUCUUGUGAUCCUAUUGAUUGUAAAACAUUUUUAUGUUAUGGUAAUAUAACUAAUAAUGGAAGAUAUUUAGUAAUAUGGAAUGAAAAAAGAUUAGGCUUUUAAGUUUAUGAAAUUGAAUACAGAUGA